AUGCUCCGGCGACGCUCCUCGCUCACCCUGUCCCGGCAGCUCUCCACCUCCGCCCACGACGCCGCUCGACGACUGCUCGGCGUUGCGGCGGAUGCCUCCCCAGAGGACCUCAAGGCGGCGUACCGAGCAAAGGCGCUCGCGCAUCAUCCCGACCGCCACUUGGGUGAGGAGCGCGCACGCGCGGAGCGGCGCUUUAAAGAGGUCGGAGAGGCUUACGUGAGGCUCUCGGGCGCCACGAGGAGGCGUGCAGAGGACCUCUCCCCAGCGGAGGCCGAGGAACUGUUCAUUGAGAUCCUGCGCGCCGGCGGCGACGCGGCGUGGCAACUCCCCGAGGGCACAGGGAGCCUGGGCCAGUCGUCUCAUCCUUGCCUUGGACAGUACCAGUCGGCGCUGCUCGAGUCUGGCGGCGUCGCGAUCUGGGGAGCAGAGACGCGCGCCCUCUACCGCGCCUGCCUGCGCGCGCUGCGAGGCGCCGACGAGGGGACAGCGGCGGCCGUGCGGCAGCACGCGCGCGCCAACAUCGCGCAGCAUGCGGGCGCGGGAGGGGAUGGCGCUGUCGGGAGCGGCAGGUUGCUCGUCGGCGGGAGGCAUGACCUCGAGGAGCUCUGCCGCUGCCUCGGCUCGGCGCUCGGCGAGGAGACGAGAGGGGAGGGGUGAUCUCAGUAGAGAGCCUUAGAGCGCCGGUCCCGUCUUGGGUCUGCGGCUCCACGCACCGUAACACGUUGCUGUACUGGGACACGCGGUACGUUCGAGUGUCGUGUGCGUGUGUCUCGCCCCCCCGAGUCGGGCGAGUGCGCGCCUGGGGGGAGUUGGGAGAGCGUAGGCUCUGAGUACUGAGAGGUGAGAGAUCAGAGA